AUGGUUGCUACAACUGAUAAUUCUCAAUUUGAUUCUGGUUCUCAUGGCCAUUCGAAAAGGAAAAAUCAGAAAAAGGGGAAGAAUUCCGGCAACCGGAAAAAUUCUGGAGGCAGUACUAGUCGCGGCUCCGGCAGUGGCAAAUCAGGACAGGUUUCCGGUGGUGGUUCCGGUGGUGCGCCGCGUGGUUCAGGUGGACAGCAGCCCUCCCCAUACUGGCAGCCGCAGUUUCCACCAUGGGGGUGGAUGCCUCAAGGGUGGCCCGUGCCACCAUGCCCCUACCCAACACAAAAUUGGGCUCGGCCCAAUUACUCACCAAGGCAGCAGCCUGGUAUUUUGGGUCCACGUCCACAACAGGGUCAGCAAGCCUACACCGCUUCUUCUCAUGGGCAGCCCGGGUCCUAUGCUCCAUCUUAUGCUCCAACCGACAUUGAGUCUGCGAUGCAUACUAUGACUCUCACUCAACCUAAUCCGGCUUGGUACAUGGACACUGGAGCUACUUCUCAUAUGACUUCCUCUCCCGGUAAUUUCUCGUCUUAUUUUAAUUUGAGCACUCAUCCUAAUAAUGGCAUUGUUGUUGGUAAUGGUCAUACUAUUCCUAUACUUGGUUAUGGUCACACUAAUUUGUCUUUCCCUACUACUCCCCUUGCUUUAAAAAAUGUUCUUCAUGCUCCUAAACUCAUCAAAAAUCUAAUUUCUGUUAGAAAAUUUGAUUGUAAUAAACAUUCUAGCUCUAGCAUUUGUGAUUCUUGUGUUUAUGGCAAACAUGUUAAAUUGCCUUUUGCUCCAUCUACUUCACAUACUCUUAUGCCUUUUGAUAUUAUUCAUAGUGAUUUGUGGACAUCUCCUAUUUUGAGUUCUUUAGGCCAUCGUUAUUACAUUGUAUUAUUGGAUGAUUUGUCGAAUUAUUUAUGGACUUUUCCUAUAGCCAAGAAAUCAGAUGUGUAUGAAACUUUUCUAGCUUUUAAAGCCCAUAUUCAUACCCAAUUUGAACGAAGUGUCAAAAAUAUUCAAUGUGAUAAUGGGAGGGAGUUUGAUAAUGGUCCUUUUUGGGAGUUUUGCAAACGCAAUGGCCUUUCUUUUCGUCUCUCUUGUCCCCAUACUUCUUCUCAAAAUGGAAAAGCCGAAAGAAAAAUUAGAACUAUCAAUAAUGUCACUAGAACUCUUCUUGCUCAUGCAUCCCUACCGCCAUCCUUUUGGCAUCAUGCCUUGCAAAUUGCUACUUACCUCCUUAAUAUUCGCCCAAGUAAGUUGUUAGGUAAUAAGUCUCCUUUAGAGCUUCUUUAUCAACGAGUUCCUUCAUACUCACACUUACGGGUUUUUGGGUGUUUAUGCUAUCCUCUUAUUCCCUCUACCACCAUUAAUAAGCUACAACCAAGGUCCACUCCUUGUGUCUUUUUGGGUUUUCCGUCUAAUCAUCGUGGCUACAAAUGUUUUGAUUUAGCAUCUAAUAAAACCAUCAUUUGUCGCCAUGUCUUGUUUGAUGAGCAUGUUUUUCCAUUUGCUAAACUUCAUACUCCAACAUCUACCUCGUAUGAUUUUUUGGGGGAUGGUUUGCAUCCGUUGGUUAUACACCACUUAACCCAACCUGCUCCACAAACUCGGCCCAAUUCUUCACCUUCCUCUCCUGCGGCCCAGCCCAGAACUCCACAAAACUCACAUACCCAGCACCCCUCACCCACUACUGCCGUCCCUCCCUUGGGUUCCCAAGAGGCGCUUGGACCUCCAUCUCCUUCCAGCCCACAAAAAGCCUCACCCUUACUCUCUCCAUUGGCCCAACAACAAAACGGCCCACCUACUCCUUCUUCUACCCACAUUCAACUCCAUAAGCCUAAUAUUGUGACUAGAAGUCAGAAUGGCAAUGUUAAGCCAAAUAAGAAAUAUUUUUCCAAUGUUGUUGUCACGAGGUCUCCUUUACCUCGUAAUCCGGUCGCGGAUUUACGUGAUCCUAAUUGA